AUGGACGCCAGAGGCUCGAGCUCAGCUCCCGACAAUCUAGCAGGUUCAGCGUCGACUUCUGCAGGCAGCGACGGGGCCAAGUCUUCAAUAGCCAAAGACACCGCCAAGAUGACUGAUCCAAGGCGACACGAGGACGACGAUGAAGAGGAGGAAGGAAUGCUCAAGGUCGACGAAGAAGGCCAGAUUGAAGAUGACAGCGCCAAUCAAAAGGUGAGCCAUCCUCGUCCGAGCAAUGAAGGGCGUUCGAUUCCCCUUGCUAACCGUCUCAUGCCGCUUCCGGUUGCAUCUCCAAAGAAGGCUGGUAGUGAAUCGACAAGCAAUAACAUCACCGCCAACAACAACAACAACAACAACAACAACAACAACAACAGCAACAACAACAACAACAAUGGCUACGUAUCACCUCGACACGCCAAUUUAGACCGAGAGCGAGAACGCGACCGCGAUCGAUUCAUUGAGACUUCGCCUGGCCCCUCUUCGGCUUCCUCUUAUGCACCAUCAUCACGUUCGAGGUUUGGAUACCCAUCCGAUGCAUCAGCUCCGUACGGCUCAUCGACAGCAUAUCCAUAUCCACCAAGUCAUCGUGAGCCUCUUCGAACGGAGCCGCCUUUCGCAUCAGGCUCAAGAACCAGUUUCAGCGGGCCUGCACCUCGAGGAGAGAACAGGAGAGGUUGGUAUCCGCCAUCCACACCGACGACUCGAGGUCCCGACACAUACAGACCAGGUGCUAUCCGCGAGCGCGAACGAGAGCGAGAAAGAGACUGGGACUCUUUCCGGGAUGGAGACAGGGACAGGGAGUGGACGGGAGUGGAUAGGGAUCGCGAGAGAGAUUCAUACCGUGACGUCGUAGACAAGCGAAGAGACUGGCCAACGCGCGAAAGAGGCGCAGCAGCGUCCAACUACGACACUGCCGACACAUAUCUAGCAUCUGCCCCUACCAACAGCAAAUACAGCUACGACAACCGCGACUUCCCUGCUCGUCGACCUUCAUCACCGCCCGCGCACCUGGCUAGAGGCCGGGAAUUCGAUGCAGAUCGAUCGAGAGAUAGAGACUGCGAUCGUCCAGUCGAGCGUGAUCCACGUGCUCGAGCUCGCGGCUCUGGAUGGAGGAGCAAUGGGAUGCGACAGUGGGGAAAGCCGACCGAUGCAGGAUGGGAUUUGCGAUCUGGUCGUCGUCCGGCGUCGGACGACGCACGCUCCGACACUUCGCAUCGUCGGGGUGGCUCGCGAUCGAACAACACGCCUCCUCCAGCGACGUCUAGUGAAGCAGGUACAAAGGCGAUCGGAUCUGACAAUGCUUCGGAAAGAAGCGAGGCUCGAAGCAGAGAUCUCUCUCCUCAUCCAACACGGUCGCCUGAGCGCGGUGAACAUACCGAUAAGGGAGCUGAACCACCAGCUACACAACCAGAUGAAAGUGUGGAGCAAGCGCAGCGUUCAGAAGCAGAGGCCAAGGAGGAUCAGCAAGCCAACGCAGACUCAAAGCAGGGAGAUAGGGACAACAAGGCCGAAGCUGUUUCGCAGGUUGUAGAUACAGAGGUAGAUCGUGUGGAGGACACUGACAAGGUCGAGUCAAAAGCAACAGACGUACCUGCAGAGCUCACACCGCAGGAGACGACUGAGCCUGUUCAAUCGACCGGAAGCGAGGCCUCGACUGACCCGGAACCCGUCAAAGAGGACUCUUCAGCAGAGAAAGCAUUGUCUGCUGACCGGCUUGAAAGCGCCAGUCAGGUACCUGCACCAGCAAACGAAGCAGAAACGUUUGAAGUAAAAGCUGAGGAAGAAGUUGAUGCUACCAAGCCUUCAGCUGAAAAGGAAGCUCAGCCUUCCGCUCCUGCCACAGCAAAAAAAACUCCAGCUCAAUUGGAGAAGUCUGCGCCCGUGCAGGAGUACACGACUUCAACAAAAGAAGUGGCUGCGGAACCAUCCACGGCAGAAACAACGGCAACAGCUGAUGCAGCAGAGCAAGCAGACGCAGAACCGGCACCCGCAUCAUCAUAUAUAUCGGAACCUGCUAUAAUCGCGUCGGAAGAGAAAGUGGAGGAUAUGGCAGCGGCAUCUGUCGAGAAGGACACAGUUGCAUCCUCUGCUGAAGCUCAGCUCAGCAGUACCGAUCAAGUCAAUGAGCUCAUGCCAGCCCAGGAGCCGUCCAAUGGCCAGAAGGAGGAAGCGGCGUCCUCUCAGGUUGUCGAAAUAACUGGGGAGACCCCUGCUGCCGUGCCUCCUGCGGCCGCUGCGACGGAGGCGAAGCCAACAAGCGUCGAAGCAGCCUCGGCUGAAGCGUCAUUGACAGAGACUGCUACCCCCGAGGCACCCAUCCCGGAGAAGUCUGUUGAUGCUCCAAAACCCGAAGCCUCGGAAUCUAGCAACGAUGUAGCUGAUGUCGACAUGGCAGAUGCAGUACCAGAGCAGGCUCCAGCGCCACGGGGGUCGGCAGAGAUGGAAGUCGAUGAGCCGGCAUCAGUCGCUCCUGCUGCUGAUCCCGCUACAUCCACGCAGGUGAACGAGGAGUCGAAGGCGUCCGAAGCGACAGAAUCUGUACAGGCCAGUGAAAUUGCAGAAGCGCCGGUAGCGGGUGAAACAGCUCAAGGCGCCGAGGACACGAAGCCGGUGGAGCUAGAGAAGAUUGCGCCUGAGGAUCCGACCGCCCAAGCUGAAGCUGAAGCGUCAGCAAAGGCAGUGCCUGGAGUACCUUCUGCGUCCGAAGCAGUGGUUGAAGUUUCUCAGUCCGUCGAAAAUACCCCAGCCAACGGCAUCGAGAACGCCAACGAAGGUAUUGCUGCGGAGGCGUCGGAAGCUCAAGUGCAACCUAUCGAGGCCAGUGUCAAAAUGGAGAAAGACACAGCCGUGGCCAGUGCUGAGGCGGCGAAGGAGCCGGUCGAGGCAGGACCCAUCGAGAAGCCUGCCGAGAAGCUCGAGCCCGGGCAUCAGACCGAUCAGCCAACGAUUGCCCCUGUUGCAAAGCAAGCUUUAGCUGUCGCGACUCCUACUUCGCAGCCGCCUGCAGACAAGGCUGAUGAGCCAACCAAGGCACUCUCCCAGAUCCAGAUCUCAGGACCUCACGUCACCGCCACAAUGGACAAAGAAAACAAGACCCGCGAGAUCACUCUUCCCCAGAUUGACUAUAGAGAUGACAAGGAAGCACAAGCCCUCACGAGACAGGAAGAUGCAAGGAUCGAAGAGGUCGAAAUGCCUGCCGACGAUCAGUCAGGUCCAGCUCUUCGAAUCGCAGAGAUCGACGAAGCGGCCGCCAAGGAGAUCGAGCCGCCACUCAUUACGCCGAGAACAAAGGAGCAGAUGGAUCAUGCAAUCCACGCCGCCGUACUCAAGCACAUUGCGGAUGGCUCCGACAGGCUUGACGACUGGCAGAGGAUCCUGCGCGAGAACCAACGCAUUUCACAGAACACGACGAUGAACGUGCUCAAGACUAAAAUUCACGGCAUUCCUCAGAGUGUCAGCUCAGGCAAGCCGUUGUGGCUCGACCAGGAAGAUGAGGAGACACAACGGACCAAGGCUCAGCUGUUCGACCAGCUUACCGAGCGCAAGAAGCGUCUCAAUGGGAAGGUGGAAAGUCUCAAGAAGCGAUACCGCAGCAUCAACGAGGAGUGGAAAGUGCAUUGCUCUCGCCUUGACCGCAUCGCCGAACGACGCGAGCUGUUACGCCGACCUCCUGUCAACACGCCAGCCGGCACACCAGGCGCUUUUGGUGGUGAAGAUCCUUCAACAGGUGCAGGUGGUGGUGGAAUGCUUGGAGCCUCACUUUCUACAGGCCGAGCCAACCGUCGACGGGAACAGGCUGGUUUCGCCGGCUUUGGUGAUGCAGUCCGUUCCGAAGCUGAGUUCCUCGAGAUCCUGGCCAGUCUGGAGAACGCCGACAUGCAAGACCCCAACAUGCGUGCCGCUCGCACGACCGCAACCGCACCAGACAUGUUCAUCGACCCUGACUCGGACCACCUCAUGAAGCUUCGCUACGAUGAUGUUAAUGGCUACGUUGCCGAUCCGCUUGCAUUCUACCUCGACGAGUUCGAUCCAGACCUAUGGUCCGAGGAGGAAAAGGCCAUCUUUGCCCGUCGCUACGCCUUGUGGCCAAAGCAGUUUGGCAAGAUCGCUCAGGCUUUGCCGCACAAGACGCCAGCCCAAUGCGUGCGUUACUAUUACCUCAACAAGAAGCUGCCCGGAAACAACUUCAAGGCGCUCGCAGCGGUUAGGAACAGGGAGAGGAAGCGGAAGACUCGGGUCAAGCCCAAGAAAGCCAAGGGUAGCGCUCUUAUGGCUGACCUGAAGUCUGCCAAGGGAGAAGAGAUGGACGAUGUGGAAGAUGGAUCUGGGGUCCGAUCACCGAUGGAUUCUACGGAUCCUUCGCUUGCGGAUGCGCCGACACCAACCAACGGACGCGGAAGGGGACGCGCCCGCAUGGUCCCACCAGUGUCCGAUGGCGUUGCGGAAGAGCAGACGGCCGGACGCAAGCGCACGGCUGACCAGACCGAUGCCGAAGGCAACAGCACGGAUGCAAAGGCAGAAAAGCGCAAGUCUGGACCCAAGUCAAAGCGAGCCAAAUCCGACAGCGCCAGUGCGACCGACAAGGCACGCAAACCGCGAGCCAGCUUCAAGAAGGACAGUGCAGCAGUUGAUGACGGCAAAACGGCGGGAGUACCUCCUGUUCCGGCCGUUCCUGGAUCCGGACCCAAGCUCGAGGCUUCAGACGCGUCUGUAUCAGCUAGUGUUGCUGGCAACGAUAGGGCUGUUGCACCCACAGCAGCCAAGGUGGGAGUGGAAGAUAGCGAUUUGGCUGCUGCUGAAGCUCUUGGUGCACUUGCAGGCAUGUUCGGUGGGCCAGCCGCAGGUGAUGCUCAGCCAUCAGCGGGCUCCGAUGCCGCCAAUAUUGGUGAUUUGAGCGGCGACGGUCGCAAGACGGGCAAGAAGCGCCGCAGCAAGACAGCCGCAGCUGGUGAAGAAGGUGCCGAUGGAUCAGGCAAAGGACGGGGCAAGCAGCCCACCUCAUCGUACUGGUCCGUUGCCGAGCGUUGCGAGUUCCUCCGUGCGCUUGUCGUGCAUGGCCCUCGAUGGGAGAUGGUCUCUUCGACCCUGGCUCAGAAGUCGGCGGCUCAGGCACGCAACUACUUUGCACGCAACGAGGACGAGAUUGACUUUGCCGAAGCAGCAGCAUUGUCUCGCAGUCAUGCUGAUCUUUCGCUUGCUGAGCGUGAGGCGGCCGCGUUGGCUUUCGUCCGCAAUCGAUUUGCAAGCAAUAGCACAGGUACAGGAGUACUGCCUGCUUCAUCGUCUGGAGGUGCUCUGCCUUCUAUGGUGGGUCAAGUACCUGGCUAUACUGACGGACCUGCUGGGCCUCGCACCACUCACCUGCCACCUCCACCUGGCAUCUCCGCCAGCCAAGCUUACAUGGUCGAUGUCAAGAUGCGAGAAGAGUCUCCAGAGCCACAGAUCCAGCGACGAGGGUUGCAGAUCAACUCACUGCUCAACGACAGCAACGACGCAGCCAGCAGCAGGAUGAAAAGGCGCUCGUCGUUGCAUGAGUUACAAGGAGAAAGGGAAGAUGCACAGCAUAUGGGUCUGGGCCGGGAUGCGUCUGUACCACCAGCACUCGGUGCUAGACAAGUGUUCGAUCUCGACCGAAGUCCACUCACUACAGGACGACUCGAGGCAGGUCGGCCUCUCAGCUCGGACGGUCGAUCCAUGCGCGACGACCGCGAUGAGCGAGCCAGGCUGUACGAGAGGAUGGAGACGCAGCACAGGGUCGGUGAAGAUGUUCGACAGAUGCGAGAUGAAGGACAAGUCGAUUCACGGUCUUGGAUGUACGACUCGCCGUACGAAGCUCAUCGUCGACCUUCGCCUCAGCCUGGCUAUGGAUCGAUGGCGCCGCCCUCGCAUCCAGCAGAGCGAGGUAUGUCAGCGUCGAGGUACUCGAUGCCACCCAGCAGCGUCGCUAGUGCUGGUCAUCUGGGAAGAUCAAUGCCUCCCAUGUCGAGCCACUUGCAUCACAGUGAGGAGAGCGAGUUGGAUCGAGAACGCGAGCGUGAACGAGCGUACGGCAUGUAUGGGGUUGCUGGCGGGCCUGGUCGAUCACGUGAGCACGAAUCGCACAGCAUGCCUCCUGCUGUGCCUGGCGAACUUCGACACUCUGAUAGCGGCGAGCGACUCUCCCCAACCAAUGUCGGCUUCGGCUCAGCACACGGGUAUGGCAGAUACGCCCCCCCUGGAGUCGGGAGCAUCUAUCCAAGCCCUUCCGCAGCUGCCCCUUCUGCUCUCGCAUCGAGAAGCAGACCCACAAGCGGUCCACUCACCGCGCCUCUUCCAUCAACCACCGACCGUCCAGCGUAUGAGCAAAGAUGUCAGCGAUACUCUCAAUCACCCGGGCCCUCCACCACUCCGACCAGUGCAGGUGUAGGACCAGGCGCAGGAGGAUUCUCAGCAGCCAGCGCCUAUCGAUCGUCCAACAAUCCUUACUCGAGCUUCCCUUCUCAAAGCCUGCCUCGGCCGUCAUUGCCGUCGCUCUCAGCUAGUGGUGGGCCGACGGUGGGUGCUCCUCAUCUGCCGUCUCUCGGUGCUGCAGGAAGGUCGUUGCCGCCUAUUCUGGGGUCUUUCCCUACCCCAGGAAGAGGUAUGGGUGUAGGAGCAAGGCCUGGUGCUGGAGCGGGAGCGGGGGAAGAAGCUGCUGCCAGGUAUUGGCCUUACCCGCACAGGUCUCGUACUCAUGAUUCUCAGCCGCAUGGUUCCGGGAGAACUCCUGAGUGA